ACAUGGACGCAAUGGACGUGGACUACUCACUGGAUAUAGCGGAUUUCGCUGCUAAAUACUGUCGGGACCAUCGAGAAGCAACUGGCACGGACAUCAGAGCAGCACACGAAAAAUAUAAAGACUUCUACGUCAAAUACCUUCGCGACCACCCCGGAGCGACCACGGACUGCUAUGCAGAAUAUAUUGAAACACUUGGUGGAAAGAAGUCUGAUGCGCUGCCAUAUACACCAAGAUUAGGGGGCCUCGGUGGUACUAAUUACAACUCCAAACGGAUUGAAGAAGGACGUGUCAACGCAUAUGAGGGUAUCGAUAUCAAUAAUCCUGAUAUCUGUUCUCGUGAAGAGACGCUUCGGAGGCUGGUUGAAACUCUCCAUAACGAAGGUGUUCUGCUUGUGCAAUCGCCGCCCAUGGCUGGCAAGACUUCGCUGGCCCAAUUGUUAGAACAAUAUCUUCUUCGAGACAAUACUAUACGUGUUUUUCGUAUUUCACUUUUAUGGUUGAGAAGAAUCUCUGGUGGACCUUGGACAUUUGAAGAACGAUUUAAGGAACUUAUGAAUGGCACUACUUGGGAUCAAUUUGUGGAUGAGUGCAGGUUCAUUACAACAUUCCUUAUUGUCGAUGAGGUGCAGUUACUUUAUUCCAAAGGAGUUGGCGAGCCUUCACAUAAUGGCGGUGAUGUCUUUUGGAAUGUAUUCAAGGACUGCCAGCAGUAUGCUAACCUCUGCAUAGUUGCCUUCGCUGUGUACGGUUACCGAGAUGCCUGGGAUGGCUCGGCUCCCGGUGGCACAAUGGACGUGUCUCCAAUUACCAUCCACCCUCAAAAUACAUGGAGUUUGGAAGAGGUGCGCUUCACUGAUGAAGAAUAUCACGACUACGUCUCACGCUUCUGUGAGAAGUAUCUUAACAUGAAUGAUGAUGAUGCUUCAUGUCUUCAGCAAUACGUGUACAAUACGACAGAGCGCCAUCCAGGACUAGUCGCAUUCUUCAUGGGCAGUAUUAGAAAUCAUUUCACCCAGCAACUGAGAUACACAAGAGAGGACGAGAAACUGACAUGGAGCAACGUUUUCAAGUAUUUGAAGUCAUAUAAUUUCUGGACUACAGUAAUAGAUGGUGCUCGUGCAUACACAAAACUCAAGCAUCUAAGUGAUGAUGAGAAAUUGCUUUGUGAUAAUGUGUUUCGAUCUUCCGUUCAUAUCAGGGACGUCACAAGUGAAUCAAAGCGUUUGAUCAAAACAAACAUGCUUGUCGAAAAAAAUGGAAGACUCGAGUUUGCUGCACCUUACUUGUGUAUACUUUACAUGCAGGAGCGCUGGGGAUCUACCAACAGGGCGAUGGAAGCUCCCGAUGAUUUAAAAAGCUUUCUAAUUGAUACCUUCACUGUUAUGGACCCCAAGACAAUACAGAAAUCAUUUGGUGUCGGCAAAGACAACCGGCUUCUAGAACGCACUUGGCAGAUGGAAUUCUACCGGGCUGCCACUCAAGUCCUCCCUAAUACUGUCUAUAUUUCUCCUGACGUUGGAGCGGAUUUCGGUUCGCGCGGAUUUGUAGACUUCUAUGUGGAUGACGACCGAAACUGGGUGAUCGAGUUACUAAGAGAUGGGGAAAGGGCGAAAGAGCAUGAGAAGCGUUUCGAAGUAGAUGGUAUUUAUGCUAAAAUCCUGGCGAGUUCCAAGGAAUCAGUAAUAAUUGAUAUUCGAAAUCCUGACCUUUGCGACAGUCCUCCAGCGAAGAGUGGUGGUAAGUGGAUGAAUGUAUAUUGCAAGAAAGAAUGGGAAUCAGUAAUAAUGGAGUAUAGAGGUACGAAACAGGAAAUUAGACUUAUUGGAGGGAAUGCUCGGGAAAAGACUAUGAUUUAUCCGUAUAUGGAAAAUUAUAAUUAUAAUGGUUCUACCGAAUUUGAAGAAGCAAUACGUUUCUUGGAGAUAGGCUGCAACUAUGGUUGUUCAAAAAAGAUUUCGAGAGAAAAGUUUGCCGAAUUACGUGAAGCGUUUCAAGCUCUCUCUAGAUCUGAGCAAGAUAUAUUUGUAAUGGCUCAGCUGAAAGCAAUGAAUGAUCGCAAUACGCCGGUUUGUCAGAAAACGUAUCUUAAUAUGUUAGGAAUUGGUCGCACGCACUUCGAAAAUACUAAAAUAACCAUUGAUAUAACUGUUGCUACCGCCGUGAAGAAUUUUCUCGAAAAUUAUGCUGAAAUUCAUGGAUUACCAAGUCCUGGUAGAAAUGUAAAUCGAAUUACUCAAUCGCAUACACUAUUGCCAUCCGAAACGAGUUAUAAAUCGGUCUAUCGCAAUUUUAUCGCAGGUCUCGAAAACGAUAGCACAUUGAAAUUGUUAAAAUACGACGCGUUCCGCAAGCUAUGGCACCAAUUAACGCCUUAUAUUCAAAUCAUGAACCCAAGAACGGAUUUAUGUGACACGUGCCAACAUUUUCGGAAUGGCUUACAGUAUAAUGCUCGUAAGGAGGAAGAAGCAAGAGACUUACUAAAAAAAUUCAAAGAACAUCUAGUUAAAGCUAAAUUAGAAAGGAAUUAUUACAACAAAAAUACGAAAUUAGCAGAACAACAGAGAAAAUUGGUAGAUGAGCACUUUAUAACAAGAGGUAAAGCUGAUUAUUGUAGCGUAAGUAAAAUUUAUCAUCUUAGUCCGCGUAAAGUGCAUUUAUUUGGUAUUCAAGAUGAAGCAGUACGCGAACAAAUUAAUUAUGUUCUCGAUGAAGACGAAAUUAUCGGCAAAGACCCCAAUGGCACACUGAGCCUGGUAUUCGAUGGAAUAAAGAAAUUGAAUAAAGUAAUUUGCGGUUGUUACGAAAGCGUUGAAUUGAAUUUUAUGAUACCUGGACACACUAAAUUCAAGUGCGAUGGUAGUUUUGGAUUGAUUAAAAGGCUCUAUAGAAAAACAACAGUAGAUUGUGUGGAUCAUAUUGUUAAAUUUGUGGAAAAAUCAAGUACAGCGGGAUUAAACAAAGCUCAGCGUUAUGACAACGGAAAAGCUUUUCAAUAUUUAGAUCUCAAUUCUGUGUUGGGGAUUUUCUUUAAGAAACUGAGUGGUUUACAAAAAUAUCAGCAUUUUCUAUUUGAAGCAGCUAAUCCUGGAGUUUUCAAAGCUCAACUGGUCGCUAAUGGUUCUUUUACUGAAUUUAAUUUAUUGAAAACGAAAAAAGCAAGCAUUUCCGAAAUUACCAAAGAAAUUAAAUCGUUUUCCAUAUUAGUACUAAACCCUCCUCCUUUGGAUUACAAAAGACAAGAAUAUCUUUAUCACAAUAUUCGUCCAUUUGUCAGAGAUGAAUUUAAAGACAUUACUUGUCCAAAGCCUAUACAAAAAAAUGAAAAAGAGCAACUUAAAAGCUUAAUUUCUGAGCAUGAUAUUAUGCUUACUUCA